AUGAAAAAGGAAUGUACUCCCACCAAGACGAGACCAAAUGGCUUUGACACACCUCGAGUGCCAGUUGAAUUAGACGUAACAGCAGCUAAUUUAAACGAAACAAUAUCUGCAACAAGAAACACUUCUAUCGUUGUCCACGGACACAAGGGUUCCGCGACCACUAGCUUGAACCCUACAGUUAAGGAUGCCUUCCUCGUAUAUGGUGACUUAAACGUUAUUGUAGUGGACUGGUCAGUGUACGCGUCACAAAGUUACCCCGUUGCGGCGGGUGCCGUUCCAAGUGUGGGUACUUAUUUGGGAAAUUUAAUAAAUGAGUUGGUUACCGCUGGAGUUGUAAACCUUGAAACGUUACAUUUAGUUGGUUUCGAUCUGGGUGCUCACAUCGUCGGAUUUGCUGGAAGGAGAGUUAACGGAACAGUUGCAAGAAUCACUGGCCUUAGUCCUGCUGGGCCAAAUUGGGGUGCCAAUUCCAAUCGUUUAAGCAGAAAUGAUGCUUACUAUGUCGAAAUUAUUCACACCGAUUCUGGCGGUCUCUUUGGCUACGGUGUCGGUGAUGCAAUUGGUGAUGUCGACUUUUUCGUGAAUGGCGGCUCUGGACAGCCUGGAUGCCCCUUUAACAACAAGUGCAGUCAUAACCGCGCCUGGGACGUUUUCACUGCUACGCUCACACAUAAUCAUUUAGUCGGAAAUCAAUGUGGAAAUUGGCAUCAAGUUACUUUAAACCUCUGUCGAGGCUAUUCCUUACGAAUGGGCAAUAACGAAUUUAACAAGCUUGGAACUGGGAUGUUCCGUGUAAAUACAAGGCGAACUUAUCCCUUCUAA